CUCAUGGUGACCAUGGAGUUUCCUUGGACCGUCUGACGGGGUAACAGGAAAAAUAACGCCAGAACCACCGGUUCACAGCACAUCUAAAAAUAUCAGAACCGGGUGUUGUCGAAACAGAAAAUGGGUUCUCGGAUCAAGGAGAGCCCAGAGUCGACCUUUGAGGUGUAUGUGGAAGUCACACAGCCAGGGACGGCAGGUGCAGUUCCCGAGGUGCGGCGGCAGUUCCCCGAGGGCUACACGGACCAGGAAACCCUUCGGGCGGUCUCCAGGUUCUGUUUCCCCUUCUGCACUGACAGGUUGUCGGUCAGUCACGUGGGGCAGAAUUUCACCUUUGUUUUGACGGACAUCGAGAGCAAGCAGAGAUUCGGGUUCUGCCGUCUGACAUCAGGAGCUCGCAGCUGCUUCUGCAUCCUUAGCUAUCUCCCUUGGUUCGAAGUCUUCUACAAACUGCUGAAUGUACUGGUGGAAUAUGCCAUCAAAGGCCAGGACAACCAGAAAAAGGAGCUGUUGGAGACACUGUAUGCACUCCCCAUUCCUGACCCUGGUGUACCAGUUCAUCUUAGUGUGCACUCUCACUUCACUGUGCCUAACAUCAGGGAACUCCCCAGCAUUCCUGAAAAUAGAAACCUAACAGAGUAUUUUGUAGCGGUAGAUGUCAAUAACAUUCUCCAUCUGUACGCUAGUAUGCUUUUUGAGCGUCGCAUCCUCGUCUGCUGUAGCAAACUCAGCACUUUAACCGCCUGCGUGCAUGGCUCGGCUGCCAUGUUGUAUCCCAUGUAUUGGCAGCAUGUUUACAUUCCUGUCCUCCCUCAGCACCUCAUUGACUACUGCUGUGCCCCUAUGCCUUACCUUAUUGGAGUGCAUUCCAGCUUAAUGGAAAGGGUAAAAAGUGUGGCGCUGGAGGACGUGGUGAUCCUCAACGUGGAUACCAACACCCUGGAGACACCAUACGAUGACCUCCAGAAUCUUCCCAAUGACACGGUGUCGUCCCUGAAGAGCCGGCUGAAGAAGGUGUCCACGGCAACAGGUGACGGUGUGGCUCGGGCCUUCCUGAAAGCGCAGGCCGCCCUCUUCGGGAGCUACAGGAAUGCCCUGCGGAUCGAACCGGGGGAGCCAAUCACGUUCAGCGAGGAGGCCUUCCUGUCACACCGCUCCACCACCAUGAGGACCUUUCUGCAGAAUGCCAUGCAUCUACAACUCUUCAAGCAGUUUAUAGAUGGGCGUUUGGAUCUUCUAAACUCCGGGGAAGGUUUCAGUGAUGUCUUUGAAGAGGAGAUCAACUUGUACGCUGGCAGUGACAAGAACUACCACCAAUGGCUCUCCACAGUGAAGAAAGGCAGUGGAGCCUUAUUCAACACGGUCAAAACAAAGGCGAACCCAGCAAUGAGGACUGUCUACAAGUUUGCAAGAGACCAUGCCAAGAUGGGGAUCAAGGAAGUGAAGAGUCGGUUGAAACAAAAGGAGCUUCCGGAGAACGGCUACCCGCCAGUGACGGCAGACAGCCAGCAGCAGGCCGAAAGGUCGCCUUCCAUGAACAGGAAAGACGUCCAACAAUGGGAUGAGCGUCGGCCAAUCACAGUGCACUAUGGGCAGGCACGUCCUCCUCGACCACAGGCGAUGAAGAGGACCCAGAGUAACGUGGCCCUGGAAAGCAGCAACCCUGAGCACUUUGGCUGGCCCAUGCGCCCCUACACUGUCUUCCUGUCCGAGGACUCCUCUGGAGACGAGUUUCAGACUGAAGAGGACUCUGUCCCUGGCUUCCCUGAGAGCUUUCUUUACUCUGUUCCCUUUGAAUGGCCACGGCCUUACAGGGCCCUAAAAGAGGUGGGAUUUUCAGAGGAGGAGGAACCCCAGGAAAGUCAGGAGGCAGAGAUUGUACAGGGUCAAAAGGCACCCCCCAGCCCCAGGACAGAGAGGGUCCCACAGGUUGACCUCCUGAGCGAUAUCUUUGGCAGCCUGGAGGUAGAGCCAGUCAGCAGUUCCGUUAGCCUGACGAAGAGCCUAGAUGACCUCCGGCCACAGGAGGGCGCUGAGGAGCAGCUGGCUGAAUUCGGCCUCCAGUGUGUGGAUGACAGCAUGGCUGAUGGCACGCAUACUCUGCCCAGCCUCAAGCACGCCAACUCUCCCAGCAAGCUGUGGGGCCUGGGGCUGGACGACAUGGCCCUGCCCAGCACACCCGUACAGGGCAGCAUCACCGUCCCACGCCCUCAGGGACGCAAGACCCCCGAGCCGGGCACCGUCCUGGCCCCCCCCGCGUCCACGUCACGAUCUGCCAGGAUUGCAUCAACACAGGACGUGGGGGUCACUGCAGCGCAGCAGGAGUUCCUACAGGCCCUGAACACUCCCCUGCCAUCACAGAAGGCGGGUGCUGAUAUCCUGAAGCCCGUCAGUUCCAGCGAGGAGAACGUGGACUUGCUCAGCCUGUUGGACCCACUCUGCAGCUCAGCGGACCCAGGGAUCACGCCCCUCCCCGCUGCCCCUUCUCUGCCCGUCCCCCCACAGCCCCUGCACCCCCAGACCCCGCCCACGUUUCCCGACGCGUCCCUGAACCCCUUUGUCCAGACCCUGCGCUACACCUCAUCUGGACCCCCCCGCAGACACUACGCCCCUGCUGCGGGAAACCCCUUCAGCUCCGCCUUUGGACUUCCUACUGGGCGCUUUCAUCCCCCAUCCUUCGCCGUUUCCACCCCGCCUACAGUGUACGGGCUGCCCGCGUCUGCAGGGAGGGGCCUGUCACUGCAGACCCCUAGCCUGACCCCCGCCACCACUACCCCCACCGGCCUUACCCACACCCCCCAGGCUUUAUCGAAGCCCCGCCAGGGUGGCGAGGACAGAGCACCACAGCAGGCUCCGGACCCUUUUGCAGACCUGCUGUCCCUGAGCAACCCAGCUGCACCCCCGAAGAAGCAAGCGGAGGACUUGCGGCAGCAGUGGGAGACUUUUGACUAACUCUCACGCGCUGGCGGCCUCCCUCCACACAGAGAAGUGGUGCUGGGUCAGCGGUCAAGCUGCUUUGACCCUUUCACAGGGAAUGGGAGUUCACUCUGUAACACCUCUGGGGUCAGAGUCAGUGGGGUGUCAUUCCAACACUCACCAGGAGGGGGCGCCAGUUGCCUCCACCAGCAGCUCGUCUGAACAGAGCUUGGUUUCUCCAGUGGAGAGCUCAUUAGUAGAACAGCUAACCAACUGCCUCCUCUAUGAGCAUUUAUGCCCCUGCAGGUUUUGGCACGGAGCACACUGAUCAAUUGCUCUCUAUGAUCCCUCAGUCCUCAUUAGGGCUCUGCAGAAGCAGAGAAUUUAUUGUUCGUGUGAUUUUUCUUAAUAGCUCCAACAUAGCGUCCAUUCUUCCGUUAUCUGUCUGGUCAACAAUGUUACAGGGUAGAACCGAACAAACAGUUGUUUCAUCUCUGUCAGACGAACUUUCGGAAUGCUCUCGCUGAAGCAAGUGACCUUUGGAUGCACGUGUUGCAGAGGGCUCACAGCGUGCGUCAUCAUUAUGCAAACGCCCUGCGCUUUCAGGUGUACGCAAGGCUUCCUCUCUCACCACUGCAUUGCUAGCAAUUUUCCCAACUCCUGUGACGCAAGCGUUUCUUGCGAACUUCAUUUUGAUGCCAAAAUGUAAAAAAAAGUAAUAAUACAAACCUGUUAUUUCUUUUAAUCAUGUACGCUGUUUGAAAUUCUAGAAUUUUCAGUGUUUUGCAGAUUUAGGUUUUACUGGUGUACUGGAGGGAGAGCAGGGGAAACUCCUAUUCUUUGCAAUAACAGCUAGAGUAUUCUUACUUACCAUAAUGAGUAACAACCUAAAAUGUUUCAUUGGAUAGACAGCCUCUCCUGUAGCCCAACUUCCCAUUACUGCACCGGCACACUGCUUUUGUGCUUGGUCCACAGGGAGGACUAUCUGCUGCUGGCCCAGCGUCACCACUUCAACAGACAUGUUAUUUAUGUUGAUAACGCCAACAUCAGUUAUAAUUACAGAUGCCCUCUCCCUCCUGAAGGUGUCCAAUGAAAUGUGAAUUUAAAUAUUUUUUUGUACCAUGAAGCACUUUGGAGUUAUUUUUGAUAUUUGCCUUGUUUUUUUUUUUUGUUUGUUUUCAGUCAGAUCAGCAUGUCAUUAAAGUGCACAGUUCUGUUAUCGAUGCCAGUUAUCACUUGUCUGUUUUCAGCUCAUUAUUACACAUAAUUUCCUUUGUAUCACUCCUGUUAUACACAAGUGUCCUCUGUGUGACUCCUGUUUGGAUUGGACUGUAAUGGGCUUGUCUUACUGAUUUUCUUCUCACUGAUUUCCUUGGGGGUUUGAGUUUGUGUUUGUUGCCGCUUUUUCCUUGUGAUAUCUGCUGUAUCUUUCCCACAGUUCUGUCUCUCCUCAUCCCGUUAUCCCAUUGUAUGCACACUAAGGCUGCCAGGGUGAUAUUGCUUGUCCUCUGUCACCUCUCCUUUUCCUGCAAGGGGACCAGAAUAAUUGUGCUGUUAGACAAUACAUAGGGGUGUAACUCAGACCAGACUAAUUGCUCUAUGCUAUUUAUGGAGGCGCAAUUAACCAACCAGAAUAAUUGCAGUUUCUCACAGAAUUUUGACAGAAACACAAAUUGUACUUUCAACAAUGGAGACGCCCUGCGUGUCAUCCAUGAACAGUACACAGUGACCAGUGACCUCAAUAUUUUUCCGAAUUUUGACCUCCUUCCAGGUCUAUGUGGAGUUAAUGGUUUUAAUACAUAAGAAUAAAUCACACUGAAAAGUGUAACAAUGUCGCUUUUUUCAUUUUAGUGUUUUUUUGUGUCUCUCAAAUCCGCGUAAAUGAAUGUGCUUGUUUUAAACUGCUGUACCUUUUCCAGUCAUACAAAUGAGAACAGUCCAGUGAAGACAUACAGCUUGCUCUGUGGUCAUCUAGAAGAGUAAUCAAAAUGUUUACUGUUGAAUAAUUAUUUACCUGUUUUCUGAAAUCUUACACUCUGUUGAAACAUCUCACUAUGCUUCUAAUGCUGUCCUAAGACCUGCUUGAAUGAAGUUUUUUACAGUCACAGCAAUGCGUGUGAUUAUCACUUACACUGUGCUUUUGUAUCCCUGACUGUAUGAACCAAUUAAAUACAUUGUUCUC